AUGUCAGAUCAAUGGAACAUGGAAGGAUGUGAAGAAAGCAUAUGGGAAAGAGUGCAAAGUGAAGUCAAGCAGGGACAGCUCUUAUCGUGGGACACAACUUACUCUCCUUCCUAUGCACCGGUUCCCACUGCAUACAUAACAGAACAACCACUUUCGACAUACGAGACUCUAUUCAAAUUCCAUUUCUAUCACGGACACUCUUUUGAUGGAGGCGAAACGGUUCUUUCGCGGGAAUGUCUGAUGAAGGAUAUCUGUAGUUUGAUUCUCGGACUAUCCUCUAAGACCUUUGUUUAUAAUGAAGAGAAAAGGGAAUUUACUUCGAGAGAGAAACAGAUACGCAUCGAUGGAUGCAGUGCAAAGACAUUUGGAACUCACUUGAAUCGUCUGGAUAACGUCGCUUCAAGAUGCGAGAAAAAUCCGAGAUUAUAUGGCUUGGUUGGAUUGGCAUUUGGACGCUCUCUAUCCGCCUGUCUGCUGCAUAUUAGGUCUGCCAUUGUGGCAUUAAUGGAGCAAUUGGGGGGAAUCGACAAUAUCAAUCUGAUGGAGUUAUAUCAUAUACUUGACGAAUCAUCACUUGUACUCGAGAAACUGGCUUGUUAUCAUCCAUAUUUGCAGAUGAUGAAUGCAUGGAUUGGGUUGGAUUCGGAGAAUGGAUUAGCAUUAAUAUGGGGUUCAGGAAAGGAGGGAUGUGAGGACGAGUGGGGAGAAUUCUUCAUUGAGAGAGGGGACAAGGAAGAUAACGGCGAGAAGGGAAACGAGUGGAUGAAUGCGCAGAUAAGCAAAAAGAACCCUCCGCCAACGUUCAUUUCUGCCGAAAUAACACGUGACAUCAUGGAAGCUGGAAAGGCUUUAAGAUUGUUGCAUGACUGUUGUCCGAAUCAUCGUUUGUUUCAAUCAAACAGAUCGAACGAUCUAUUAGAUAAAAUAAUACCGCCGUCCCCGUCCUCUAUCCUCUCAAUGUCGUUCACAGGCCUCCCAGGAACACCUCCAGUUACCAAAACGUCAACACUAGCUCUCCUAAAACAUUUGUUAUCCUCAUAUUCUUCGCCACCAUCGUCUCCAAUAACGACAGUAAGAGAAUUAGUCUUAUCUCACGCACUUCUAGCCCAGUGUCGGUUAGUUAACAUGUCCAUCCUGUCAUUCUUCUUUCGCGAUCUAUCUCUCCGUUCUCAUCUCAAAGUAUUGCGAGAAUACCUGCUUAUGGGAAAUACUACGUUUAUGAAUGAUCUUUCAGACGCACUAUUUGCAGACAGUGUUGAUCAUGGAAUCGAUACUGGCGUUGCAACGAGCAGAAAAAGAGCAGGGAUUGGGUUGGGCAUGAGUAUGAACAGCAGGAGGACAUGGCCGCCAGUGGGGGCGGAGUUAAGGAUGGCUUUGAAGGCUGUUGUUGUGGAAAAUGUGAUGAAGGGAGGAGGAUGGGGGAGUGAAGAGAUAACCCGAGGAGACAUUGUAGGAUUGGAUAAUAUGCUUAUGUUUGGGAUUAAGGACGAUGAAGAAUGGGAAGUCUGCAAAGAUCCAAAUGGUAGUAUUGAAUGUUUAACGCCACCAUACCCCAUUAACGUGCUAAUAACACCAGAUCAUCUCGUCAAGUACAACCUGAUAUUUACAUUACUCUUGCGUAUCCUACGACUAGGUUCAGUUGUAUGUCAUAUCUACCGUAUUUCUCACACUCGCUCGAUGUGUACCACUUCCCACAUAACAACUCAGAAAUUCCGGUUCGAAUCACAUCAAUUCAUAAUCGCUCUACAAUGUUAUAUAUUCGAUGUUGCCAUUGACUCGACGUGGAAUUUGUUCAUGAAAAAGUUGGACAAUAAGGCAAAAGAGUUUGAAGUAGAUGGCGCAAACAGUGAGAUGGAAAUGGAAGAUGAUGGGUGGAAUGAUGGAGAUGAUGGUUGUAAUGUGAAGGAUUUAGAUACGCUGAAGAUAUAUCAUGAGAAGAUGUUGGAUAGAAUGGUAUUUCUGUGUCUGCUAAAGCCCAAGCAGGAACCGAUAAUGAAAGUAGUUAAUGCAAUAUUAGUUGUUAUUUUGGCAUUUGCAAGAUUACUAAAUGUGAGAAGUCAUAAUAGAGAUGGGGUUGAUGAGGGCGAUCAACAGGUAGAAACGCUGUAUGAAAAGUUUAGACUAUACACAGCAAUGCUAGUGAAGAUUCUUGCUGCACUUGAUGAGAAAGGAGGGGGACGUGUCAACAAGACUGGCCUGCCUAGUAACAAGAGAUCUGAAUCAUAUACUCCCGGUGAGGGAUUCUUACAGGCAUUAUUGUUAAGAGUAGAUUUCAAUGGGUAUUAUAAAGAAAUAGUAGAGCGUGAAUUGGCAGAGAAAAUAAAUAAAUAA